AUGUGGAUGGACGGGGCGCCGGACCCGUGCAUGCUGCUGGACCUCCCUCAGGGCGUCCUCCAGGACAUCGCUGACCGUCUGGGGCGCCCAGAGCGCAUUGCCUUCGCGAGCUGCUCCCGUCAGUGCAUGGCGCACGUCCUCGGGACGCCGCUUGCGUGUCUACGUAUCCCGCACUCGUGCACCGCCCUCCUGGACGAGGCACACCGGCAGCAGCUCGAGAGACUCCGGGAGGACUGGGCGGCAUGCGAGGGCGCGGUCGUCAGCGUGCAGGACGUCGGCGUCGGUAUCGAGCACCUCGACGCGCUGUACCGCGCGGCGGCCGAGCGGCCGCGCGACGCCGGGGCGAUGCUGCAGCUGCUCGUUAACGAAGGACAUCAGCACGCUGUUCGGCGCCUCAAGCUCGCGUGUCACAACGUCGGCGUCGUGCCGGAGGGGCUCUCGCGCCUCCAGUGGCUCGAUCUGACGCAGUGCCACCUGCGUCCGGUCGGCUUCCUCCCGCCGAGCAGCCUCGCCAGUCUCCGCGUGUUGAAACUGAAUCGAACAUUGAUCACCGCGCUUCCGGAGGGCCUCGUCUCCCUGGAGCGCCUCGAGAUCUCCACGUGCAUCGACCUCCGCUUCCCGCUUCCGGAGUCGAGCACGCGGCGGCUGCGCUCCCUCGAGGCCAUGAGCAACCGCGUCACCAAGGUCGCGACGUCGGCGCCGGCGCUGGAGGAGCUGGACGUGUCGUACGUGUCGUGCUGCGCCGAGGACCCGGACUCCUGGAUCCCCGACGACGCGCGCGGCACGCUGCGCGUCCUGCGGAUGCUCGGCACGCCUGGAGCUCAUUCAUGA